AUGGGGGAGGGAAUUGCAGGGGGUAAAGUCCAUGAAGGCAGCCCACUGGGGGAACUUCAUCGCUGUGUCCGAGAUGGUGUAAAAAUCAAUGUCCAUAUCCGCACUUUCAAAGGGCUUCGUGGAGUCUGCACAGGGUUUUUGGUUGCAUUUGACAAGUUCUGGAAUAUGGCCCUGACAGACGUGGAUGAGACAUACAGGAAACCAGUAAUGGGCAAAGCUUUCUAUGCAGAACCUCAGCUCACGCUAACCCGGCUGUUUGACAGACUCAAGCUGCAGGAGUCCUCAGUAAAGAAGGGAGCCGACUCAAAGACUGUCUCGGAGGAACUAGCCCUGACAAAUGACACUCAGACGUUGGGAUUGAAAGUUGGGUCAGGACGAGGGAAAGCAGAAGAUGAGCGUGGGAGGCAGAAACGCUUGGGCAGAGCUGGAGAAAAGAAGAUGCCAGGUGACAGUUUGCAUCCGUCUGCCAGAGGUGAAGGUGAUGUGGGUAGCGGGACUGCCCACACAGAGGGUGCCAGUGCUGGUGGUACCCGUGCAAGAAGCCAGUCACGGAGAAAAAGGCGGCCCAAAGUGGAUUAUCAGCAAGUGUUCACACGUCACAUAAACCAGAUUUUUAUUCGAGGAGAGAAUGUCUUGCUUGUCCAUUUAGCACAUUGACUUGACUGAGACAAAGUGUAUUUAUGUGAUAGCAUGAAUUGCUGCUGCAGCUCUCAUUGCUAUUUAGCAUUCUCAUGAAGUAUGAUGGUACUGUGACUGGUUUUCCAUUACCAUAACAAGGUAGGAGAAAUAAUUCAAACCAGAGCAUCCUGAGCUUGAUGCCAGAGCAGCCUACUUAGAUCUCUGUUGGGGGUCUCAGGACAAGAUCAGCAAUGCAUUUGUUUCUGUGAGGUGAGGGAAGCAAGCACAGAUCCCACUGCUUACAAAGCUAAAUGGAGAGGGUUGGAAGACAAUUUUGGUGUACUCAAUCAUAGGAGCUAAUUGUGGCAGGCAUGUAAGGAGUUUAAGAUUAGAUCUCCACCUAAAAUGAAUCACAAAUGCUGAGUAAUCUCAAGAUUGCUAAUGAAACCAAUGGUUUAUAUGCGUUUGUUACAUGGAUGUCUUCUUUUUCAGACAUAAUUCUGACAGUCAUUUGAAAUAGUCUAUAAAAGGGUGGCGUGACAUACUACUGAUGGCUAUUAGCCUCUUCAUAGUUAGCUCUGAAAUGCCCUGUGUGAUAGAAAAUUGAAUUGAAUUUUCAUUUCAAUUCAAUUUCAGUAAGAGAAAUCUUAAUUGAAAACUGCUCUUUUUCUGUGAAUGAUGGCAGGACUUUAAUUUGUUUUCAGUAUCAGAGCUUAGGCUUCUAUUUAUAAUGCUAUGCUUUAGCCCUGUGUCACCAGCAAGCAGCUAAUGUAGCUGAUCCAGGGACCUCCAUAUUUGGAGUUUAUCUGUGAAUGUCGUGGGUGCAGAUGGAAAAUUGUACUUUUAUAUCUAAUCCAGUUGCUGUUUAGUGUAACAGUGAAGUUUGCAAAGAUGUAGUUUUUCUUCUCAGAUUUAAGUGUCUGUGCUGAGCACAACUGUACUGUAUCUAAGCGCCUUCAAGUUCCCUCUCUUGAAACUAGAGGUGCUGUGUCUCCAGCAGUUCUCAUGGAGCAGAAACCUUCAUGGGUCUUUCGUAUCCGUAUGGAUGAUGUGUCAUCUGAUUCCAGUUGAACUGAACCUUGGAGGUGUACCUAAAAAUGUUUUGAAGUAUAAAAGUCAAACUCAACUUAUCAGUGGUUUUAUUUUUAGCAAGGUUGUUAAGCUACCAGGCCAGACUUCUGCAGGUAUAAACUGCUUUCCAAGAGAGCUACGUGCAGAAGUUUGAGGGUAAAUAAAGCUGUAAUAUUCUCUAGUCUGUUCCCUUUAGUUGGCAAAGGACACUAGAUUUCCCACUGCUAUUACUGUAUUUAUCUUAACUACCUUAAGCUUUGCAGCAGCUCCAUGUGUGUUUAAGAUAAAGCUGAGAAAUUGCUUUAUUGCAGGUCUUGUAUUGCAUAUAGAGGUUGUAAAUCCUUAGACUGAGUGACUGUACUCUGUGCAGCAUACCACUUGCUUGUUGGUAGGGGGAUGUCUGGUGUUUGCGUGAAAUACAGAAAUCGUUUAGCAGGACACACAAAGCAGCUGUAUGCCUCUGGGGGACCCUGAAACUUUUAUGUCAGCAUUUCAGAUGACAUGGGGCUUGGAUGGCUGAUCAGCUCAGCCACUGAGCCGCAAACCCAAGUUCAGCCUGGGACAGAACUGCCUCAGAAUAAAAAGUACUGUUGAGGCAAAACAGUUUCAUCAAGAGUGGGGGGCGGGGGGGGAAAGGGAAAGAAAAUCUACAGUUUCUCAUUAUACAUAGCUUUAUUGCUGUAAUCCCUUCCUACUAUGAACCAAGACUAGGCACUGAAAAGAUUCUUCUCUUGGAGGUUCUUGUUUCCUCACCUUUUGUCCUGUUCUUGUUUGUAUUCAUGUGGUCUGCAGUUCUUCCCAUUUUUUUUAACUUUUAUUUUUCCCCUUCUCCUGUCAGUACAUUGUCUUCUCAGGAUGUUCUAAACUAGUUUAGGAAGAUUUUUUUUUGUAUUCACCCCUAGUUGUCCUGGCUUUCAGAACCUUUCCUGGCUGGUUUUCUAUGUGGUUGCCAACUAUCCAGAACCCUCACAAACUAUAGAAACAUAUGAAGCUAGAAACAAGGGGCUUGUUUCUGCUCCUGACUUCUCUGCAGCUUUUAUUGCAAGUAUUUUUCUUCAUUAUGUUUUUGAUUGUGGGUUGAUUUCCCCCCUCCUUCUUCUGACUGUUUUGUUUUUAUUUCAAUUGCUUGGGAUGACUUGUCUCUGCCUUUCCCACUCAUGCCAAAGGCUACUGGUUUUGACCUCUUCUCUUCCCUUGAUACUUGACCAAAGGGUGUCAGGCAUGUGUACUAUGACAUCUAAUUGAAUUCUUGCUUUUCUUUACCUCAUAUUCUUAAUUCUCUUUGUCUACCUAGUUUAUACUGCCUGCUGCAUUAGAUAAGGUACAGCUACCAUGAAUGUUCUUGUGGCUGUACUCCCCUCUUGGCAGUUGACAUUUCACCAAGUUCUCAGUUGCUACUAGAAGUCUCAGUGUUUCAUCAGAAGUUCUUCUCUGAAACCUUUCAGGUGUUUGUUGCUUCACAUCUACAAGUUCCUUUUUAUACAUUUUAUGAAAAAUGCUGGUGCUUAGACUUGUGUUUGUGCCUUGAUUUUUAUAUCAUCACAGACCUAUUCUUCCAAAAUCAUCACCUCAGUCAACAAACCUGUUAAGAACUCUGCAGUUUGUCUACUUUUUUUGCUCUACCUCAUUAUUAAACUGUUCCUUCUCUGUUCUCAUUGUUGUCUCAUCUGUGGAGUUGGGUAAAAUUCUCUUUUUCAGUUUCGAUUUAAUGGCUUAUUUGGUGGUUUUGUUUCCUACUUCCCUGUGUACCUCUCCAGUUAUUUCCAAGCUGCUUCCUAAAUACAGCCUCUUCUACAACUUCAGAUCUUCCAGAAUGUCUUCCUUUUCCCUACUUUUUCUGACAUUGUAUCUUUUUAAAGCCCAUUAUCAAAAUGCUAUUUUAUUAAUUUUGUCUCUUUCAAGCGUAGCAUUUGUGAUUUUUUUUUUGUCUCUUUCAAGCGUCAUGAUUGUGAUUAAGCAAGUGAUCCUAUGUGUGUUGUCACUUGCAUGUUUAAUACUUCAGAAAAAGUUGCUCUAUAAUAAAAUGGAAUGUGAUGUUCAGAAAUGGAGUCUUCUACCUCACUUAAGUAUUCAUGUAAAUCUUUUUUAAAAAAAAAAAAAAAAAAAAGGAAAACAACCCUUGGAAACCAAUGAGCUUUUAAAAUUAUUAUUGGUUCAUUGUUUCUGGUUAUUUCUUUCCAUGUUUUUCUUUUUCCAAACUCAGAAUGAAAUCCAGGUUCUUUGUUGGAAAAGCUGUCUGCCUCUAGCUGUUCCUCUAUUGCUGCAGUGUCACAAAGGUGGUGUGAGCAAACACCCAAAGUCAUUAUGCUAAAGAAUGAAGAGUAGAAGCAGGAGGCAGUCUUAAGAAACAGAGAGCUGUGAGAGAGUGAAAAAGCUCUGGCCCAAAUAUAAAGAACUCUCUGGAAAGGAUCCACAUACUGAUUGCAACCUGUCCAGUAUUUCUAGGACAUUGUACAGCCCGGUGCUCAGUAGUGAUUCCUAAAGUGUGUUUGUGGUGAGGUACCAAAUUACUGCAAGAAGCAGUUUUCUGAACUACCUUUGAAGAAGUGGUGUGAUAAUUUGAGAAUUUUUUACAAUAAUUUCUGAAAUAGCAGACGAAUAUGAAAUUUUGUAAUGCCACGAUGCCCGGUGCAGAAACAGUGUAGUGCAGUAAGUAGUCUUGGGAUGUGAUGUUAGAUGUAUCUCACAGUGUCAUCAUAUAUUUUUCAUUGCCCUCACAGUUCAGUAGGGAGCCAAGUCUCAUGGUUACUUUAAGAGUGGUGAUUUUAUUUGUACAGUGAUACAGUUCUAGGGAGCUUUGCAGGUAGUCUGGAUGGGGUUUUCAUGGAGCCACAGCAUAAAACUGCUAUGCUGCCAGGGUGAGGGAAACUGGUAGGGAGGAUCACGCUGAGAGCUGCAGUGUUACCCUGAAGUUAUGGAUAUCAUGGCUGGGAUUAUUUAUUGGGAAACUUUUGCACAGCUGCUUCAUUUUUAUCAAACAAUUCUUAAACAGGACUGUAGUAGUAGAAUAGAUAAGGUCAAAGGGGAAAAAAGAGCUUGUAAAAAGUGUGGAUUUAGUUCCUUCUCUCAACUGGCUUGUCCAGCUUGUUAAUUGGUAGAAGGGUUUUUUCUGAUCUGGAGACAGGUAUUUAGCAUGUCCUCACCAGGUGGUUACUGAAGUAGUCUUGUUCUUCAGUUUCUGGAUUUGUUGUUUCUGAUGCAGCUUUCGGUUCUGUAUCAUUUGGAAGCAGGACAAGGUCUCUCAGCAGGAGUAGGCUUGACUGCCUACUGUUUUUUUUUUUCACCCCUCCCUAAGGAAUGUUACCUCAUCUAGUUUUGCAUCCAGAUAGCCUUUGGCUAUUGGUUUUCACAAUAUUCUCUCCAGACUUUUGGAAUUAUUUGGUCAGAAGAAUUACUCAUCUUGGAUCGAUUGGAGUAAACCGAUUUUUUAACUUUUUUUUUCUUAUUUUCCUUCCUACCGUGCUAGGUUUUCCUGGUUUGCUGUUGCAGUCACCCACUUGCAUCUGUGAAUCACCAUGG